AUGACGAAGGCAGCGUCGGCGCGCAACGCAGCCUCGAAAGCAGCCUCGCGCGCGUCGCGUGUAGCCUCCUCGCAUGCGAUAUCCAAGCUAGCGACGGGUGCGAUUGCGCCAAGGCGUGGGCCCUCUCUCGCUUCAGCUCUGACCCUCUCGACCGUUUCGAUGGCGUGCAAGGCGUUCCUGCGCGCGACAACGACUGUACAUGUCGCAGGCGAGGAGAGCCUAUAUUCGGCGCUGGGGAUCAAGGGUCGUGGAGGGGCGUGGAAGCGACGGCGGGGAGUGAUUACUAUCGCAAACCACAACUCGGUCGUCGACGACCCCAUGAUGUGGUCUCUCCUCCCUACCACGACAUACUUUCCCUUCGCGGGCCCGCGGUACACGUGUGCCAAUAGCCGGUGGACAUUAGGGGCAAGCGAUAUCAUGUUCACGAACCCUACGUUGUCCAAGUUCUUUGGGUGGGGACAGGUCAUUGAGACGGUGCGCGGCGGCGGGAUAUACCAGCUCGGCGUGGAUGACGCCAUACGGAAAAUUGAGGAGGGUGGAUGGGUCCAUAUGUUCCCGGAAGGCCGGGUUAACCAGGCCAAGUCGAAUCCGGACGGCGGGAUGUACCGCUUCAAGUGGGGCGUCGGCCGUAUCAUCAUGGACUCGGAGGUCAUGCCCGAAAUCAUCCCCAUCUGGAUCUCAGGUUUCGACCAGAUCAUGAACGAGCAUCGCAAGUGGCCGCGCUUCCUCCCGCGUCCGGGCGCCAACGUUAGCAUCACAGUCGGUGAGAGCCUCACCCCGCUCGUCGCGCCCUUGGUGGACGCAUGGCGCGCGGGUCUCCCGCGACACCCUGCAUCCGGCUCAGAACCAACAGCCCCGACGAGGGUAGAGAGCGACCAGAGCGCCCUCCGUGCGCACCAGGCAGAGCAUGCCGAUUACCUUUCCGGCGCGUUCGAUCCAGACGAGAGCACACGGCGCGAGAUCACCGCGCUCCUCCAGAAUGGGCUGAGGAGUAUGGGAGAAGCCGUGGAGAGCGGGGAGGGGCGGUUUGCCAAGCAGGAGUGGAGCCAAAGUCGGAGACGGGAGAGCCAGGGCGGGCUGCCGGCGCCAGAGAUCGAGAUGGCACGGAGGUGA